GUGAUGAUGUGAUUAUUCUUUCUGACUGCCUCAGUAUGUCAAGAAUACAUUUUCGAUAUUACGUUCAAUCUGUCACUUGUGAAGUCUAAUAUUCCAUUCAAAAUUGGAAGAUGUGGCAACCUUGCCAACUAACCUCACAUUCUGAGCCUCAUCUUUCAAUGCUAUGUAAACGGAAAAUUAUUGAUGUUUUAAACUCAUAUUUGUGUCUCGCGAUUGUUUAGCUAAGUUUUCAAAAUGCCUUACAAGUGCUGCGUUCCUAAUUGUGUCGGUAAUUACGGGAAGGGUCCGAAGGUACACGUAUUUUCGUUUCCAUUGAACGAAAACUGUCGUAGAAGAUGGCUCAAUGCAAUCCCUCGUAGUGAUUUAGUGGUUACAAAAAGCACCCGAGUAUGCAAUUUGCACUUUGCUGAGGACAGCAUCAUUCGGGAAUCCACAUUCCAUGACGAAAAGAAAGGACAUAUCAGGCAGAAGAAGCCGAGAUGAGAAAUUGAGGGACAAGGAACAAGAACAACUACUUAAAG